AUGUUAAUAUCAGAUUCAAUUUUUGAAAGGACCUCCACCGCCGACCACAAGCCGGAGAACCAGCACUCCAUGGAGUCCUUACGACGUCGCCCAUUCUUUCUCCAACCCACACCACUGAUUCUCCUCUCCCUACUGCUUGUCGCCUGCAACAUCUCUCUAUACGCGCAAAUCCGGUGGCUGCAGCUCGCAGCCGACGACCAUGGCUUCACCGGUAUAUACUCACGAGGCAAAUCGUGGAAACAGUUCCACACCUACACGGAAUACAGCAACGUGAACCAAUCCAUAUCCGACAUUGCAUGGAGCAGCUUCACCACCAACGGGUUCAUUGCCAUUCCGCACCGCGAGGCGGCACGGGCUGGCCUCCCUGCCGCCGAAGACUUUCCCGACGACGCGGAGAAGGGGGUGUAUGUAUUGGCAGGCUUUCACGAGCUGCACUGCGUGAUCUACCUGCGGGAAGUGAUCCAGGACCUGAUGGCAGGCAAAUCGGUGGACGAGAAAGCCGUCCAUAUCAAUCACUGCUACGAUGCGCUUCGGCAAGAGAUUCAAUGCCGCGCCAAUGACAUCCCGCUGUACGCGCCCUAUCAGUCGAAGCUGACAGGGGAUGGCCAGUUUCGGCUGUGUCGGGAUUGGGAUGCUCUGACCGAGUUUGCGAAGGAGCAUACAGCUUGUUGGCCCACUGGUCACUGCGCGGAUCUUGCAGCACUGUGA